AUGCAUGAACUGGCACCAUUGAAGGAAGACCUCAUGUGCCCCUCUGUGCAUGAACUGGCACCAGUAAAGGAAGACCUCAUGUGCCCCUCUGUGCAUGAACUGGCACCAGUGAAGGAAGACCUCAUGUGCCCCUCUGUGCAUGAACUGGCACCAGUGAAGGAAGACCUCAGGUGCCCCUCUAUGCAUGAACUGGCACCAGUGAAGGAAGACCUCAGGUGCCCCUCUGUGCAUGAACUGGCACCAGUGAAGGAAAACCUCAUGUGCCCCUCUGUGCAUGAACUGGCACCAGUGAAGGAAGACCUCAUGUGCCCCUCUGUGCAUGAACUGGCACCAUUGAAGGAAGACCUCAUGUGCCCCUCUGUGCAUGAACUGGCACCAGUGAAGGAAGACCUCAUGUGCCCCUCUAUGCAUGAACUGGCACCAGUGAAGGAAGACCUCAGGUGCCCCUCUGUGCAUGAACUGGCACCAGUGAAGGAAGACCUCAGGUGCCCCUCUGUGCAUGAACUGGCACCAUUGAAGGAAGACCUCAUGUGCCCCUCUGUGCAUGAACUGGCACCAUUGAAGGAAGACCUCAUGUGCCCUCUCUGUGCAUGA